AUGCAGAAGAAGAUCAAGAAGACUGUGGAAAUAAUGAAAGUCGAUGGGGAACAAAAAAAGAAGGAUGACGAGCAACGGAAAAGAUUACGCGAUGAAGAAUUAUGGAUGGAAGAAGAGGCGCGCCGCAUACGAGCAAUGGAGCGCCGUAAAACUGAUGAACCGACGCGUCGUCGUGAAGAGCCGAAACGGACGAGGGAACGUCGAGAUGACCGCUAUGAUGAUCGGAAUCGGCGUAAUCGGAGCCGUGAAAGAUAUUCGCGCAGAAGUCGUAGCCGU